AUGGCGGAUACUCUCGGCAAUCGCGGUUUCUUUUUGACCAGCGUGGAAGUCUUCUUCCUUGUGACCUUAAACGUAUUGUCGUUAACGGGGAACAUACUGGUUUGUAUUGCAGUUUACAAGAACACACGACUACGCACAACCACCAUUCUGUAUAUCAUCGCACUUGCUGUAAGUGACUUGAUGUCCGCUGUAUUUGUCAUGCCUUUUACAUUGGGUGUGCUUAUAACAGGCGAAUGGGUUUAUGGCCAAGUGAUCUGCAACUUUCAAGCGUACAUGGCUAUGUUUAUGGUGUACGUUUCACCCGUCACUAUGGGUUUAACAGCAUUUAACAGGUACAUGAGGAUUUGUAAGUCGGAGCAGCAAUACAAGAGAAUCUUUUCACCCUGGAAGUCACGAGCAUUAUUGGCCUGUGUAUGGAUCCUCGUUGCUUGCUACAGUGCAGUUCCCAAGUUAGCUGGUCUGCAGGAUUAUGCAUUCAUUCCAGGAUAUGCCCUUUGCGGUGUAGUUCAUGUCAGUGAAAGUGGAAGAAUUAUCCACUAUACCAUCGUCCUCAGUUUGUUCUUUUUAACACCGUUAACGACAACAAUAUUCAGCUACAUAAAGGUUGCAAAGAUGAUCCGACAGCACAAUGCCGCUAUGUCAUCUACGAUUCACAGGGGCGCAACAGGCUCAAGCAUCACCGUGCAAGAACUGAAGCUGAGUAAGUGUCUCUUUGUGGUUGUGUUCGCGUUCAUGAUAUGCUGGAUCCCAUUUUGGGUCAUCGUUCUUUUAAGGCGCUUCCAUGUCGUCACGUCUGAGAUGCCACGAAAUAUUGAACUCCUUACUAGUUUCUUUAUUUAUCUGUCAAAUACAAUAAAUCCUUUUAUAUACGCAGGAAUGAAUCCUAUCUUUAAAAGUGAAUUCAAAAAAAUGUUUUGCUGUGAGCGAAGGUUCUUCAACCGGAUAAACCCACUUCAUUAUAUUAUGAAUCAAAUACAGCAGCAACCAAGAGAUCGACGCGCACAGCAGCGCUUCAGUUAGGUACUACUUCUACAAGGUAGCGGAUAGAACUACUAAAACGCACAACCCUUCGGUAAGAUAUUAAACAUCACAAGUCCUUGAUAAAGGAAGUCCAAAAAAAUACGUGAUUACGUGAACAACGUGUUUGAGGAAUCAGAUGAUGAUGGUCAUCUGCUGCAACAGCGUAGGCCUAGCUGCAGUAAAUGCUUCUGGUCCUUUAUUAAACACGCACGUAGUGACAAAACUGGCAUUACUUCUCUGAAAUCAGGAGACUUGGUGCUCACUGACGACUUGGUGUCCACUGACCUAUCUGCAAAGUAGAAUUGUCAAAUAAACAAUGCAAGAGUUUUUCUCCCAAACUGGUCCAAUGAAGCUUUCACACAUUGCAGAGGCAGCAUUAAAUCAACAGAUGUCCAGCCAGCGUUGUCAUCCCCCCACACAUGGCGCCAAUCGACACCGUUGGCCCGGAUGGUCCCCAUCCACGUGUGUUAAAAGAACUAAACUCUGUGAUUGCUCCAACUUUGUGUGGCAUUUUCCGAACUCCCCUACAGUGUGGUGA